CUGAUAUAUCUCACACAUUACAAUGUUCAAUAAGUGAAGUAGGACAUGUACUUUUCUUCUCAGAUUAUGUGUUUAUGACUAAGGCAGGUUUUUGUUUGAUUGGUGGAACUCCUGAUGGAACCACCUUCAUAUGAGGAGGCCACUCUCCAACCUACUGGUGCGGGCACAGCAGCAUUCAUCACCUCCUACUACUCCUCUCUCACCAACCCAUCUACACCGCCUCCCACCUAUGUAGAAGCAGUAACAACCCAGCCAGAUCCUUUUCCUGUACUGACUCUGCCAACUGCUGGGACGUCCCCUUCACAAAACACUGGACUAAUAACCCAUCAACUUACACAAAUUGGAGCUUCUGACAGAGGAAGACAACCCCAGCCAACAGUAGUAGUAACGCAACCACAGCCUGUUCCCGUCUUAGUAACACAUCUGGGAGACAUCCCUGGUCUGGUAUCCUGCCCACACUGUCACCAAGUGGUCACCUCUAAGGUCACAUACGUGCCUGGAAACGUUGCCUGGUGCAUGUGUUUGCUCAUCACACUGAUGGGGUUUAUCUGUGGCUGCUGUCUGAUUCCGUUUGUGCUACGAAGUCUACAAGACGUCCAUCAUUCCUGCCCACGGUGUGGAAAGCGUUUGGGCGUAUACAGAAGAUGACACUGAGGAUUGAUAAGGCUCCCCUUGUCCCUAUACCACUUAUGACAUAUGUCACAACAUAGAUAUAUAAGCACAGAGGGCAUGCAGGUACUUAGGUGAUCAUGAGUGUGUGUAAUCUGAUGUAUUUACAGUACACUGAGAGGUGACAGAGGACUGGCUUCUGCCGUUUAUGAAGAAGUUUCUAUGAGGAGAAUUUAUAAAAAAAUUUUGUGGCUAACAAAACUUCAGUUUACAAGUCACAGAGGGUGAGUCAAUGAUACCAAAAAAACUAUUUUUUUCAUGACUUUUCUUUGACAUUUAUGACUCGUUUUUGUUUACAUUGUUAAGCACAGCACAUCAGCAUUUUUUUUAUACAUCAAAAAGUUGGCAUUUUACCCUUUGUUAGAAUGUAGUGUGAGAAUACAAAUCAAUGAAGAGAAAGAGAAUACUGAAUCCAUCCCUGCAUGUGC